UGUGGCUGCUAUUGACCCUAUUGGGAGUCCUCCUGGGUACACCUGGGGCACCAGCCUUGUCCCUUGAGGCCUCUGAGGAAAUAGAACUGGGGCACAGGGCCCCAGGCUGGGCUGCAGAGCCAGUGGUGAGCCCCUUGACUGUGUGUAUGUGUGUGUUCUGUGCACUGGUGUGUGAUGGGGAGGCCCAGGUAGCAUGAGUGGUACAUGCACUGUGAGUGUGCACUGCCCCAGGAGUGUGGUGCGUGCCCUGUUUGUGGCACCUAUAGCAUGUACCCAGUGUGUAUGUGUCUUUGGCAGUGGCAUGUCUAAUAUAUGUGUGCGUGUGUGUGAAAUGCCCUAGAAGUGUGGCAUUGACCAUGUGUAUAGCAUGUGGUUGUGUGUGUGUACACAUGGGAGAAGUAGCUUGUCUUGCACAUGUCGAAAGGUGCAGCAUGUUCUCCGGAUGCAGGGGGCUGCCUCAGGUGGGACUGUGGGCUCACUAACUUUGUCCCUCUGCCCUCAGAACCCUGCCUGGCCCCCAGCCUGGAGCAGCAAGAACAAGAGCUUACUGUGGCCCUUGGGCAGCCUGUGCGGCUGUGUUGUGGGCGGGCUGAGCGUGGUGGCCACUGGUACAGGGAGGGUAGUCGUCUGGCACCUGCUGGCCGGGUACGAGGCUGGAGGGGCCGUCUGGAGAUUGCCAGCUUCUUGCCCGAGGACGCUGGCCACUACCUCUGCCUGGCACGUGGCUCCAUGACUGUCUUGCACAAUCUGACCUUGGUUUCAGAUGUAGACUCCUUGACCUCCAGCAAUGAUGAUGGGGACCCCAAGGCCCUCGGAGGCUCCUCGAAUGGGCACCUUUAUCCCCAGCAAGCACCCUACUGGACUCACCCGCAGCGCAUGGAGAAGAAACUGCAUGCAGUGCCUGCUGGGAACACCGUCAAGUUCCGCUGUCCAGCUGCAGGCAACCCCACGCCCACCAUCCGCUGGCUCAAGGACGGGCAGGCCUUCCAUGGGGAGAAUCGCAUCGGAGGCAUUAGGCUGCGUCACCAGCACUGGAGCCUGGUGAUGGAAAGCGUGGUGCCCUCUGACCGUGGCACGUACACCUGCCUCGUGGAGAACUCUCUGGGCAGCAUCCGCUAUAACUAUCUGCUGGAUGUGCUGGAGCGGUCCCCGCACCGGCCCAUCCUGCAGGCGGGGCUCCCAGCCAACACCACAGCUGUGGCAGGCAGUGACGUGGAGCUGCUUUGCAAGGUAUACAGUGAUGCCCAGCCCCACAUUCAGUGGCUGAAACAUGUCAUCAUCAAUGGCAGCAGCUUUGGUGCUGACGGCUUCCCCUACGUGCAAGUCCUGAAGACAGCAGACAUCAAUAGCUCAGAGGUAGAAGUCCUGUACCUGCGGAACGUGUCAGCUGAGGAUGCAGGCGAGUACACCUGCCUGGCAGGCAACUCUAUUGGCCUCUCUUACCAGUCGGCCUGGCUCACGGUGCUGCCAGAGGAGGACCUCACAUGGACAGGGGCAGCACCAGAGGCCAGGUACACAGAUGUCAUCCUGUAUGCUUCCGGCUCACUGGCUUUGGCUGUGCUCCUGCUGUUGGCCGGGCUGUAUCGAGGACAGGCACUCCACAGCCACCACCAGCAGCCUGCCACUGUGCAAAAGCUGUCUCGCUUCCCUUUAACCCGGCAGUUCUCUCUGGAGUCAGGCUCCUCAGGCAAGUCAAGUUCGUCCCUGGUGCGAGGUGUCCGGCUGUCCUCCAAUGGCCCCCCCUUGCUCGCCGGCCUCGUGAGUCUAGACCUGCCUCUUGAUCCACUGUGGGAGUUUCCCCGGGACAGGCUGGUGCUCGGGAAGCCCUUGGGUGAGGGCUGCUUCGGGCAGGUGGUUCGUGCAGAGGCCUUGGGUAUGGACCCCUCCCAGCCUGACCAAACCAGCACUGUGGCUGUCAAGAUGCUGAAAGAUAACGCCUCUGACAAGGACUUGGCAGACCUCGUCUCCGAGAUGGAGGUGAUGAAGCUGAUUGGCCGACACAAGAACAUCAUCAACCUGCUGGGUGUCUGCACCCAGGAAGGGCCCCUGUAUGUGAUUGUGGAGUGUGCGGCCAAGGGGAACCUGCGCGAGUUCCUCCGGGCCCGGCGCCCUCCAGGCCCUGACCUCAGCCCCGAUGGGCCCCGGAGCAGUGAGGGACCGCUCUCCUUCCCUGCCCUGGUGUCCUGUGCCUACCAGGUGGCCCGUGGUAUGCAGUAUCUGGAAUCUAGGAAGUGCAUCCACCGAGACCUGGCUGCCCGAAAUGUGCUGGUGACAGAGGACAAUGUGAUGAAGAUUGCUGACUUUGGGCUGGCCCGUGGCGUCCACCAUAUUGACUACUACAAAAAAACCAGCAAUGGCCGCCUGCCAGUCAAGUGGAUGGCGCCUGAGGCCUUGUUUGACCGUGUGUACACACACCAGAGUGAUGUGUGGUCAUUUGGAAUCCUGCUGUGGGAGAUCUUCACCCUCGGUGGCUCCCCAUACCCUGGCAUUCCCGUGGAGGAGCUGUUUUCGCUGCUGCGGGAGGGUCACCGCAUGGACCGGCCCCCAAACUGCCCCCCGGAGCUGUAUGGGCUGAUGCGUGAGUGCUGGCAUGCGGCACCCUCUCAGAGGCCCACUUUCAAGCAGCUGGUGGAAGCACUGGACAAGGUCCUACUGGCUGUCUCUGAGGAGUACCUUGACCUCCGUCUGACCUUUGGACCCUACUCCCCCUCAGGCGGGGACGCCAGUAGCACCUGCUCCUCCAGCGAUUCUGUCUUCAGCCAUGACCCCCUACCACUAGCACCGAGCCCUUUCCCCUUCCCUGGGGUACAAACAUGAGCAGGGGCACACAGUUGUGUGUGCAGGGAGGGCUGGUGGCGUUGGGCCUCCUGGCACAGCAUUUGACUUUGGCAGCUCUGGGCCCCUGACCUGAGGGUGCUGUUCCAUAUCUCUGGUUCUGUUUUGGGGGGGAUCCAUCUUUGGUCCUGGGUCUCCUAGUUAAAACCUUCUGCUCUGGCCUUGAGUUCUCAGCUCAGAGGUUAGCCCUUGCUCAUGGAGUUAUGUACCACCAGUGUCCUAAUGGCCUAAGGGCUAGGUUUCUGCUCAGCCCCCUGGGCCUUGGUACUCCUGGAGUUUGGCUAGUCCUGGCUGCAGAGCUGCUGUCCUAAACCUCCCUGAUGAGAGGUUAGAGGCCUCUGAACCCCAAGUCCUCCCACCCCAGCUGCUUGUCCCAGCAUCUUGGUGGAAAAAGCAUUGGCUCUGGUGGCCUUGAGA